UCCCUAGAUGGAGGUACUAUGCUUCCACCCAGUCCAGUAUCUCGCGAACAAUUACAAAAGCGCAUCGAGUCGUUGACACAACAAAAUAAAGUACUCAAGGCUGAACUAGACACAUUUAAAAUCAAAUGCAAAGUGGUGCAGGAAGAAAAUCGUACACUUAAGCAGGCAUCGGUUAUAAUCGUAGGAGUCGAUUUAUAUACAUACAUACAUACAGAUUUAUCAUCAAUGCAAUACCCAUCUAUUUGACCAAUUUCAAAUUUAUAAAAAUUUUUUUUGUUUGUUAUUUUUUGGAAGUGCUUAUAUGGUAGUUUGAUGAAGUAAAAAAAAAAAA